AUGAGAGCUACUGGCAGGAUGGGGGCCAGAGCAGUGUCCAAGCUGCGGCUGGCACUGCUGUUUGUACUGGUGCUAGGGACACCCAAGUCAGGGGUCCAGGGGGAGGAAGGGCUGGACUUCCCCGAGUACGACGGUGUGGACCGUGUGAUCAAUGUGAACGCAAAGAACUACAAGAACGUGUUCAAGAAGUAUGAGGUGCUGGCCCUCCUCUACCAUGAGCCUCCCGAGGAUGACAAGGCCUCACAAAGACAAUUUGAAAUGGAGGAGCUGAUCCUGGAGUUAGCAGCCCAGGUCUUAGAAGACAAGGGUGUUGGCUUCGGCCUGGUGGACUCUGAGAAGGAUGCAGCUGUGGCCAAGAAACUAGGACUAACUGAAGAAGACAGCGUCUAUGUGUUCAAAGGAGAUGAAGUCAUUGAGUAUGAUGGCGAGUUCUCUGCAGACACUCUGGUGGAGUUUCUGCUUGAUGUCCUAGAAGACCCUGUGGAACUGAUUGAGGGGGAACGAGAGCUGCAGGCCUUUGAGAAUAUCGAGGAUGAAAUCAAGCUCAUUGGCUACUUCAAGAGCAAAGACUCAGAGCAUUACAAAGCCUACGAGGAUGCAGCCGAGGAGUUCCACCCCUACAUCCCGUUCUUCGCCACCUUUGACAGCAAGGUGGCAAAGAAGCUGACCCUCAAGUUGAACGAGAUUGACUUCUAUGAGGCCUUCAUGGAUGAGCCUGUGACCAUCCCAGACAAACCCAACAGUGAAGAGGAGAUUGUCAGCUUCGUGGAGGAGCACAGGAGAUCAACGCUGAGGAAGCUGAAACCUGAGAGUAUGUAUGAGACUUGGGAGGAUGAUCUAGAUGGAAUCCACAUUGUGGCCUUUGCAGAGGAAGCUGACCCCGACGGUUUCGAGUUCUUAGAGACUCUCAAGGCUGUGGCCCAAGACAACACUGAAAACCCUGACCUCAGUAUCAUCUGGAUUGACCCUGAUGACUUCCCGCUGCUGGUCCCGUACUGGGAGAAGACAUUUGACAUCGACUUGUCAGCUCCCCAAAUAGGAGUUGUCAACGUCACCGACGCGGACAGCAUAUGGAUGGAGAUGGACAACGAGGAGGAUCUGCCUUCUGCUGAGGAGCUGGAGGACUGGCUGGAGGAUGUACUGGAGGGUGAGAUCAACACAGAGGAUGAUGAUGACGAUGACGAUGAUGACGACGACGAUGACGAUGAUGAUGACUAG